AUGGCGCUAUUAAAGUUAUUGCGUUAUUUGUUUUCCCUUUUUUUUUUUUUUUUUUUUUUUUCCUUUGCGGCCGCACGCGUUACGGCGCGGAUUGCUUUGGACGUAAUUAUUGGCAAAUCCGGUGGAAACGCUAUUGCAAUUAAAGGCGCCGCAAAAAUGCCGUUUGUAAUUGCAAUUAGCAUAUCCGGUUUUGGGGUAAGCAAAAACCGGUUGUUUUUUAGGUUUAUUAUUAUUUCCACCCUUUACCGGCGGGAAGUUAUUGCUUUUCCCGGGCCGUAUAAAGCCGUAAUACGAAUUGCUUAUACG